CAGGAGUCUCUAUCCCAGCCCCUUCGCCUGACUCUUUCUCUGGCUCCCGAGGUCCUUCUGAGCGAUCAUGGAACGCUGCGCUGUGGGAUAGAGGAAUGACGUUCAGAGAAGGGCAGAGAGUUGCCCGCAGCUGCACCGCACGUCUUCAGCCCGACCAUUGUCCUGACCUAUCUGUCCCAUACCCCGCCCGGUCUCACCAUGGCCUUCUGGACACAGCUGAUGCUGCUGCUCUGGAAGAAUUCCAUGUAUCGCCGGAGACAGCCGGUCCAGCUCCUGGUCGAAUUGCUGUGGCCUCUCUUCCUCUUCUUCAUCCUGGUGGCUGUUCGCCACUCCCACCCGCCCCUGGAGCACCAUGAAUGCCACUUCCCCAACAAGCCACUGCCAUCGGCGGGCACCGUGCCCUGGCUCCAGGGUCUCAUCUGUAACGUGAACAACACCUGCUUCCCACAGCUGACACUGGGCGAGGAGCCCGGGCGUCUGAGCAACUUCAACAACUCCCUGGUCUCCCGGCUGCUAGCCGAUGCCCACACUGUGCUGGGAGGGGCCAGUGCCCACAGAAUGCUGGCUGGCCUGGGGAAGCUGAUCGCCACGCUGAGGGCUGCACCCAGCACAGCCCGGCCUCAACCAACCAAGCAGUCUCCGCUGGAACCACCUAUGCUGGAGCUGCUGACGUCAUUGCUGCGCACGGAAUCCUUGGGGUUGGCACUGGGUCAAGCCCAGGAGCCCUUGCACAGCUUGUUGGAGGCAGCUGAGGACCUGGCCCAGGAGAUCCUGGCACUGCCUAGCCUGGUGGAGCUUCAGGCACUGCUGCACAGACCCCGAGGGACUGGUGGGCCCCUGGAGUUGCUGUCUGAGGCCCUCUGCAGUGCCAGGGGACCUAGCAGCACAGUGGGCCCCUCCCUCAACUGGUACGAGGCUAGUGACCUGAUGGAGCUGGUGAGGCAGGAGCCAGAAUCAGCCCUGCCGGACAGCAGCCUGAGCCCCGCCUGCUCAGAGCUGAUUGGAGCCCUGGACAACCAUCCGCUGUCCCGCCUGCUCUGGAGACGCCUGAAGCCUCUGAUCCUGGGCAAGCUGCUGUUUGCACCAGAUACACCUUUUACCCGGAAGCUCAUGGCCCAGGUGAACCGGACCUUUGAGGAGCUGGCCCUGCUGAGGGAUGUCCGGGAGGUGUGGGAGGUGCUGGGACCCCAGAUCUUCACCUUCAUGAACGACAGUUCCAAUGUGGCCAUGCUGCAGCGGCUCCUGCAAAUGCAGGACGAAGGAAGAAGGCAGCCCAGGCCUGGAGGCCAGGACCGCAUGGAGGCCCUGCGAUCCUUUCUGGACCCUGGGAGCGGUGGCUACAGCUGGCAGGACGCACAUGCUGAUGUGGGGCGCCUGGUGGGCACGCUGGGCCGAGUGACGGAGUGCCUGUCCUUGGACAAGCUGGAGGCGGCACCCUCAGAGGCAGCCCUGGUGUCGCGGGCCCUGCAACUGCUGGCGGAACAUCGAUUCUGGGCGCCCUUCCCUACAACCUGCCACCAUGCCCCUCACAGGUUUUGGGACCCUGGCCCAGCUGCAGACCCCCUGACCGACCUGCGCUACGUGUGGGGCGGCUUCGUGUACCUGCAGGACCUGGUGGAGCGUGCAGCCGUCCGCGUGCUCAGCGGCGCCGCCCCCCGGGCCGGCCUCUACCUGCAGCAGAUGCCCUAUCCGUGCUAUGUGGAUGACAUGUUCCUGCGUGUGCUGAGCCGGUCGCUGCCGCUCUUCCUGACGCUGGCCUGGAUCUACUCCGUGACGCUGACGGUGAAGGCGGUGGUGCGGGAGAAGGAGACACGGCUGCGGGACACCAUGCGCGCCAUGGGGCUCAGCCGCAGGGUGCUCUGGCUGGGCUGGUUCCUCAGCUGCCUCGGACCCUUCCUGCUCAGCGCCGCGCUGCUGGUUCUGGUGCUCAAGCUGGGGGACAUCCUCCCCUACAGCCACCCGGGCGUGGUCUUCCUGUUCUUGGCGGCCUUCGCCGUGGCCACGGUGACCCAGAGCUUCCUGCUCAGCGCCUUCUUCUCCCGCGCCAACCUGGCUGCGGCCUGCGGUGGCCUGGCCUACUUCUCCCUGUAUCUGCCCUACGUGUUGUGCGUGGCUUGGCGGGACCGGCUGCCGGCGGGUGGCCGCGUGGCUGCGAGCCUGCUGUCGCCCGUGGCCUUCGGCUUCGGCUGCGAGAGCCUGGCGCUGCUGGAGGAGCAGGGCGAGGGUGCGCGGUGGCACAACGUGGGCACCCGGCCCACAGCAGACGUCUUCAGCCUGGCCCAGGUCUCUGGCCUUCUGCUGCUGGACGCGGCGCUCUACAGCCUCGCCACCUGGUACCUGGAAGCUGUGUGCCCAGGUGGGCCGUAGGGCACAGGGCUCUGGGCCAGGUCGCACCUGCUUUGCGGGAGGAUGGGCUAGGGGCGUGACCUCCAGGCCUUUUGGUACCUUGAGACUUAUUCCCUUGGAGAGAAGGCGGGGCUUCCUGGCACAGGCAGGUAGGUGGCUGCAUUGGAGGGGCGUGGCCUGAGGCAGGUGGUGGGUGGGGUUUCUUGGCCCCUACACCUGGACGCCCUGAUUCCAGGU